UGAAAUUUUCACAAUAAAAAAUUUUGCAAGUUCCCGCUCACCAAAACACUGAAAUACCCAAUUGUUGUUGACUCACAGAAAAUAGAGACAUUAUUAUUACCGCCAUGGAUGACGUUGAUCGCCUGUUUGAGUGCUUCAAGUGCGGCAUUUCUCCACCUCAAUCAGCUGCAGGAGGACGGAAAACAAAAAAACAGAAAUUAAAGCAAGAGAAAUCGAACGAAAAUCCGUCAACUUCUACUGAAUUUACUCCUGCAGGUUCAAAUAGAAAGAACCAGCAAUCUGCAACCAAAAUACAGAAUUUCUGUACACCAACUAUUGGAAAAAAGAUAGUGAAUAACGGAAGUCAGUUCUCUCCCGUUGUUUUCUACGGAUCUCCACAAGGCGUGCCUCCAAAAAGACCAUCCCGGUUAUUGCGAUUGCUACACGAGAUACGUGUUGAACUCGCUGCUCAACAUAAAUCAAGAGAGGACGUGUGGGCCACAUUUCCAAGACAAGACGGGGCUAUGAAGUUUGUGAAAGACCACAACGGUGCACGUAUUUUUAGUUACCAAGAUCACGCUAGUGGACAAAGAAGGUUCCUUGUUUCAACAUAUAAAGAGUUUUGGCGAAGGUACAUAAACAUGAAUUCCGAAUUUCGUCACCAUUAUGAAGUUAUUCAAGAGGGGUUGCCAUGUCAUCUUUAUUAUGAUUUGGAGUUCAACGUAAAAGAAAAUGCCGAGAAGAAUGGCGAUGAAAUGGUUGAUCUCCUCGUAUUAAUUACGUUCGAAGCAUUGCUUGAGAAGUACUCUAUCCAAGGCGACACUAACUGGAUCGUUGAACUUGACUCUUCAACCAAAGAUAAGUUUUCGCGUCACUUGAUCAUCCGCUUACCAGGGCUUGCUUUCAAGGACAACACACAUGUUGGUGCGUUUGUUGCCGAGAUUUGUUCGCGGAUCCACUGUGCCAGAGGAAAAGACAAAAGAUUCGAACAAUUAUUUAUUUCAAAAGAUUCAAGCUCUUGCAAUCUUUUUGUUGACACUGCUGUUUAUUCAAGAAAUCGUUGUUUUCGUCUGCACCUAUCAUCUAAAGCAGGGAAAAGUUCGGUGCUUCUACCUACUGGACGGUUUAAAUGUAAGGAUAUGAUUGAAGAAGACGUGUUCAUGGCAUCUUUGAUCUGCAAUAUAGAUGCGGACUGCGAAAAGCUUCUCGUCUGCAAAAUGGAUUUAGAUUGUGUGAAGGUCUUGCAUUUUGAUAUCGAGAAAAAUAGUGACUACUGUAAACCAUCCACUCGAGAAUUUGUGCCAAACGCUACAAGCAACGGCUACUUAAGUGGAAAAUCACCUUUUCCGACAUUAGACGAGUUCGUGGAAUAUAUUGCUACUAUAGGAAAUGUACAAGGAAAAAUUCGAAGCUGGUAUUGGUUCUCCGAAUACGGUUUGAUGGUAUACAGCAUGCUAAGAAAUAGAUUCUGUGAAAGAAUUGGCAGACAACACAAAAGCAAUCAUGUGAUGUAUGUGGUGGACCUACAAAAGGCUACUUAUUACCAAAAGUGUUAUGAUCCUGAUUGCAGAGGUUACCGUUCUCCCCUACGCCCGGUCCCACCCGAAGUGUUUCCCGACUCCAGUUACAUUAAAACAGAGGAGCAAAACGAAAGUCGUGAGUAUGAAAGUGAAAGCCCAAUGGACAAGUGUCAGAAAGACGAGUGGUGGAGUGAAGCAAUGGUGUUUGCAGACGAGGUUGAAAAUAUGCCACGAAAGCUAGAUCUCGGGCAGGAGGAUCAAGUGUGGGAUGAUGAGGAUGAUGAAUGGUGGAUGGCUGCUGAAAGCACUGUAUCACAGAUUGAGCUCACUUACUGCACACAAGCUUGAUUGUUUUUUAAAGUUAAUUGGCAUCCUGUUAACAGUUGCUUGUUUUCAUAAAUCUGAUGAGUUUAUUAAGUUAACAUUAGUGUUUA